UCCCAAUUUCUGUGAUCAGCUAAUACCUAACUUUGAGAGGAAAAGAAUGGCGAAUCUGUUCAUCAAACAAUCAAAGCAGUACGUUGUGGCUCGACCAGGUUACCCGGAAAAGCUGUUUCAGUUCAUUGCUUCCAAGGCUGCUGGUCACGACCUUGCAUGGGACGUCGGCACCGGCAGUGGCCAGGCUGCCCAAUCCCUGGCUGAGGUGUUCAAGAAUGUGGUGGCGACAGACACAAGCCGAAAGCAACUUGAAUGUGCUCCAAAGCUUCCCAAUGUUCGCUACGAGCACACUCCUGCGGUCCUAACUAUACCAGAAAUUGAACGAAAAUUGGCCCCAGAAUCAAGUGUUGAUUUAGUUACAGUUGCACAAGCCCUCCAUUGGUUGGAUCUACCAAGUUUCUAUGAACAAGUGAAAUGGGUGCUCAAGAAACCAAAUGGGGUCAUUGCUGCAUGGUGCUACACUGUGCCUAGAGUUAACAACAAUGUAGACACGGUUUUCGAUCGGUUCUAUUCCAUUGAUGUCGAACCCUACUGGGAUCCGGCACGUAAACUAGUGGACAAGAAGUACAGCACCAUUGAUUUUCCGUUUGAGCCUGUUACCGGAGAAGGAAGUACUGGACCGUUCGAGUUUGCAACAGAGAGAUCGAUGAAUUUGGAUGAUUUUUUCACGUACAUAAGUUCGUGGUCAGCUUAUCAGACGGCUAAGGACAAGGGUGUUGAGCUUCUGAAUGAGGAUGUGAUGGAGGCAUUUAAGCAAGCUUGGAUUGCUGAUGGCGGAGAUGGACAGAAGGUUGUGAACUAUCCUAUCAGUUUAAGGAUCGGAAAAGUGGGGAAUCAACACUGUUAAUGGAUGUUUUGUGUUCUAAACUUCUAAUGUUGGGUGGUGGGAAUUGUUAGCAACUCUUAAGUUUCGUAAUAAGGAUACUGAUGUUAUCUAGAGUGUUUAUCACCUGGUCAGCUGAGCCUCAGGUGGCGCUCAAUAAUCGUCCGAUCUGAUUGUUUGAUCACUGGUUGACCAGAUCAACGGCAUGUUCAGCGUCAUCUGGUGCUCAACAGCUGACCAGGUGAUCAGCAACGAUGUUAUCUACCGUGCUCUAGUAUAAGUAAUUAGUAGUAUCUUAUUAUCCCUUUUCUAUAAGUUUCCAAUUGUUAAUGAACCAGAAUCUUCCACAACUAAUAGCACUAAUAUCAUGGCUUAAAUCUUGGAUCUGUGAUUGUAAUUCUAACAUCAGUUUUGAUAUUUGUCAUAAUUGUGUUUAGCUGUAUUAUAGGAUCAGUUUUGAUAUGGUAGUGAUUGUUGAUUGGAAGAUUGAGGUUGUAAUCUCCUAUAUAUUAUAAAUUCUGAUAUGAUCAAUUCAAGAGGAA